CGCACAGUUUAAACGCCCCACAGUUCGACAGAGAGCCUGGGCGACACACACCCAGCUUCCACGCCCCGCACCCAAUGCCUGCUCCAGUUCCUCCCCCACAUUCCCCCGACCACAACCAUGCUGCCUUGAACCCCAAACUUACAAAAAGCAGACGCACCCACCACCAGCAGCCAAGACAACAGAGGACAGAACCAGCCACAGAUCCCAAUGCAGCAGAACCCAACGUGGAACCAACCACUGCGCCACAUGUGAAACCAAACAUUGAACCAUGUGCAGAAUCAAGCAAAGAACCCAGUACAGAAUCUUAUUCCUGCACAGAGAGAAACACAGAACCACACAAAGAAAGUCACACAGAGCCUGACACAGGCUCCUGCACAGAGUCCUACAGAGAUCCACACCUAGAGUCCCACACAGAUGCACACGGGCAGCUGGGCCAGGGGUAUGAGGAGAUUGAGGGGGAGUGGGAGGGGGAGUGGGUGCGACAGACGGCCCUACAGCUCCGCAGGGCAGGGCUCCGCCUCUUUGAGCAGGGCGGGCUGUGGCAGCGGCGUACCGUGGGGUCCCGUCUGCACCACUAUGACGGGCGCUCCGAUGGGGAGUCAGAUAGCCCUGAAAAGGAGCCAGAGGUCCUUCUUUCUCCAGGGCAGAAGGACGGGGAGAAAGUAGAGGCUGCUUACGUGAGGAGACGAAGGUCAUGGAGCUUGGACAGGGCUCUGGGUGAAGUGGGAGACUGGCCAGAGUCAGAACAGGACUCUCAGAGGGAGCAAGGGCAAGAUGAGGCCCAGGAAGAAGUCUUCCAGAGGCAAUUACAACCAGGCCAGCCCCAGGAUGGGCAGGCCUCACAGGGGGAGAUAGGACCAGGCAAGCCCGAGGAUGGACAGGCCUUCCAGAGGCAGUUACAACCAGGCCAGCCCCAGGAAGAAGAAGCCUUCCAGAGGCCGUUACAACCAGGCCAGCCCCAGGAAGAAAAGGCUUCACAGGGGGAGAUAGGACCAGGCCAGCACCAGGAUGGACAGAGCUCCCAGGGGAAGAUAGGACCAGGCCAGCCCCAGGAUGAACAGGCCUCACAGGGGGACAUAGGACCAGGCCAGCCACAGGAAGAACAGAGCUCCCAGGGGGAGAUAGGACCAGGCCAGCCCCAGGAAGAACAGAGUUCCCAGGGGGAGAUAGGACCAGGCCAGCCCCAGAAAGAACAGAGUUCCCAGGGGGAGAUAGGACCAGGCCAGCCCCAGGAAGAACAGAGUUCCCUGGGGGAGAUAGGACCAGGCCAGCCACAGGAAGAACAGAACUCCCCAAGGGAGCCCCAGGAUGAGUAUGGAGCAGGCGAGCAGAAUUGGGGAAGGAGAGACUCCCUCUCUCUGGCUAUCAAGGACAUUAAGGAGGCCAUCCAAGAGGUGAAAACCCGGACCAUCCGCUCUCCCUACACCCCCGAGGAGCCCAUGCAGCCCGUGUGGGUGAUGAGGCAGGACCUCAGCCCCACGACGGAGAGUGACCUGCAGCCGUCUCUGGGCAGCGUCAGUUCCCUGGACUCGGACUCCACCUCUCCUCUGGGGCCGGAGUCUACCAACAGACAGCAGCUCCAGGAGACUAACUACAGCGUUGAAUCUCCACCCAGCCAAGAGCCUAGGAAGACCUUGGCCUCAUUCCCAACCUAUGUGGAUGUUCCAGGACCAUGUGACCCAGAGGAUCUGAUCGAUGGGAUCAUAUUUGCAGCAAAUUACCUGGGGUCCACCCAGCUACUGUCCGAGAAAACGCCGUCAAAGAGUGUGCGCAUGACACAGGCUCAGGAGGCUGUGAGCAGAGUACGGAUGGCAAAAAGCAGGAAGAAGAGCCCACAGUCCCCUGAGGCUCAGCCCCCGGUUAGCGCUGAGGUAGACCUGUUCAUCUCCACCCAGCGAAUCAAAGUGCUCAACGCCGACACACAGGAGACGAUGAUGGACCACCCUCUGAGGACCAUCUCCUACAUCGCCGACAUCGGGGACAUCGUGGUCCUCAUGGCUCGCCGCAAGAGGCCCCGCCCCCGAUCUCAGGAGCUGCCGGAGGCCGGUGACUCCGCCCACGAAGGGAGGAGCCAAUACAGUGACCUCACCCACGAUGAGAGGGGGCAGUGCAGUGACUCCGCCCAGGAAGGGAGGAGCCAGUACAGUAACCCCACCCAGGAAGGGAGAGGCCAGUACAAUGACCCCACCCACGAAGGGAGGGACCAGUACCUUGACUCUGCCUAUGAAGGGAGGGGCCAAGGUAGUGACUCCGCCUACGAAGGGAGGGGCCAUGGCAGUGACUCCGGCCCAGAGGGGAGGGGCCAGGGCAGUGACUCCGCCCCAGAGGGGAGGGGCCAGGGCAGUGACUCCGCCCCAGAGGGGAGACGCCAGUACAGGAUGAUCUGCCAUGUCUUUGAGUCUGAGGAUGCCCAGCUCAUCGCACAGUCGAUUGGCCAGGCCUUCAGCGUGGCCUAUCAGGAGUUCCUGCGGGCCAAUGGCAUCAAUCCUGAGGACCUGAGCCAGAGGGAGUACAGUGACCUGCUCAGCACUCAGGACAUGUACAAUGAUGACCUCAUACACUUCUCCAAGUCCGAGAACUGCAAAAACGUGGUCAUAGAGAAGCAGAAGGGGGAGAUUCUGGGCGUGGUGGUGGUGGAGUCAGGCUGGGGCUCCAUCCUCCCCACAGUCAUCAUCGCAAACAUGAUGCACGGGGGGCCGGCGGAGCGCUCUGGGGGCCUCAGCGUCGGGGACCAGGUCAUGUCCAUCAACAACACCAGCCUGGUGGGCCUGCCCCUCACCACCUGCCAGAGCAUCAUCAAAGGGCUGAAGUCGCAGCCGCGGCUCAAACUCAACAUUGUCAGGUGCCCCCCAGUUACCAUGGUGCUGAUCCGGAGACCAGACCUCAGAUACCAGCUUGGCUUCAGUGUGCAGAACGGCAUUAUCUGCAGCCUCAUGAGGGGGGGCAUCGCGGAGAGGGGGGGGGUCCGGGUCGGCCAUCGCAUCAUCGAGAUCAGCGGGCAGAGCGUGGUGGCCACGCCCCAUGAGAGGAUUGUCAACAUCCUUUCCAGCGCAGUGGGAGAGAUACACAUGAAGACGAUGCCAGCCGCCAUGUACCGCUUACUGACGGGCCAGGAGCAGCCGGUCUACAUCUAACCACGCAGUUACUGAGCGUGCUCAGAGCCUGGCUGUGUGCUGCACUAGUGUGGUGACCUAUGGUUUCUAAGUAACCAUGGUAAUGGAUUGGUUUCUCUAGCAUGGCAACCACAUGGUGUUACCUAUUAUUUAUUUGUUCAGUUUCAAACCUUGUUUAAUGUCCAUUCCUGGAAGACCUGAAGCUACGGUUUUCAAGAUUCAUCUUAUUUAUUUUUUAUUUAUUUGAAUUACUGUUGUGGUUACAUAGUUAUUUAUUUUGAGGCUUUCACUUAAUUACUUGAAUCAGAGAGGGGCCAUGUCUGUUCUCUGAAUUCUAUGAAAUCUCUUUCACAUCGGCUAGUACUUUUGGAAAGAGAUCCCAAUUGAAUGCGUCACAAUGACAUAAGUAUUGAAAUGGUUAAAAGUCAGUCAUUACAUAAUCGGGUACACUUGAGUCUUCAUACUUCAGGUUUGUAGUUAGGAGAAAUCUUCAGUGUCAAUUUCUGCAAAUUACUGUUUACAAAGGUGAGCACUGCGAUCAUAAAUGUGCAACUACUGCAGCUGCCAGCGCAUGUGUGAGUCAAUGCCCUCCUCAAUAUUGCAGCAAUGUUUACAUGCAAAAAUGAUAGAAUAUAGUAUACAACUACGAGAUAAAGAGAAAUGUGAGAACUACUAAAUGUUUAAUGCUAAAUGAUUGGCACCUGUAAAUGGUGGCUCUGAUGCAUGAAUUAAAUGCAUUUUUAUGAAAAGCUCAGAGAGGAGUCUAAUUUCUGAUCUGAGCUGUGCUGGCAAAAAACACCGUUUAUUUUGGUAAACUCCAAUGUUUACAAUUCACUCAUUAUGAAUGUACAUUUAUUUGGCUUAUGUUUGUCAAAUCAGCCUGAUGGUAGUGUGUAGUUAUUGACAGUGUAGUAUGGCGGUUUGGGGACUGGCUUGAUACAUAGAGGUUGCAGGUUGCUGCUGAUGUUCCCUUGAGCGUGGUGCUAAAGCAGAGCUGCUUCAGCAUAUCCGUACAGUAAACGGAGACCAUGUAAAAGCGUAAGUAACUCUGGGUAUGGGUGUCUGCUAAAUGCCUAAAAUGCUGGGUUAAGCUUUGCUUUGUUGUUGUGUGAUAUUACUUGGCUACUUUCCUGUACCAGAGCUAGUUUGUACAAUUAUUUGAUAUGAAUCUUUAUUUGUAUAGAGCAUCUUUAUCAUUUAGGACAAUAAAGGGGAAACACAGUA